CUAGAAGGUUCCAGAUGUCUAGGCCCGGAUGCCUGGUCUCAGCGGGCCGAAACCGUCCCUCUGCCAGCUGUGUAGGCCAGAUGCACGGCCUCCUCUUCCUCCUCCUCUCGGGGCUCCUCCGGCCCACGCAGGGUGUGGUGCUGGUGGCCCAGUGGUCACCCCAGCAGCUGACCUCCCCGGGCUACCCAGAGCCAUACCCCAACGGUCAAGCCGUCACCACCCACAUCCGGGCUCCAGAGGGCUCGAACGUGCGCCUGGUGUUUGUGGACUUUGACCUGGAGGCUUCGCCAGGCUGCGCCAAGGCUUGGGUCACGGUCUCUGUGGAUGGGAACGCGACCGCUCCAGCCCGGCUCUGCGGGCCGAGGGGCUCCGCGCUGGGCCCGGGGCCCGGACCCUUCGUGUCCACCGGGAGGACGCUGCGGCUGCAAUUCCAGGCCGGACCCCCCUCCACCCACCGCGCUGCUGCCUUCCCACACAAGGGCUUCCUGGCCCUCUACCAAGCCGUGCCUACAGGUCACCCACUGCCCACCAGCGGGGACCCCAACACCACCGCCACCCCCAGAGCUAACACCUCCCUGAGCCAGAAUGGCUGCCCGGGACCCCACUACCAGGCCGCAGCAGCAGCCAACUCCUCGGAGACAGUCAGCCGGACGGACGGACAGCGUGGAUUAGAUGGAACUCAGUGUGUGCCUGUCUGUGGGCGCCCGGUGACCCCCCUCUCCCCGGUCCCCCCGGCCCUGGGCUCCCGGGAAGCCGAGCCGGGCAGCUUCCCAUGGCAGGCCCUGACCAGCGUCCACGGCCGGGGCGGCGGGGCCCUGCUGGGGGACCGGUGGGUGCUGACGGCGGCCCAUGCCCUGCGCCCCAAGAACCGCGUGUCCGGCGGGAGGCGGCCCCGCGUGGACGUGUUCCUGGGCCACGCGGACGUCGACGGCAUGCUGGCAUCCGGGGCUCACGCCGUCCGCCGUGUCCACGUGCACCCCGCCUACCGCCAGGAUGAUCCCCACGACUUUCGGGGGGACCUCGCCCUGCUGGAGCUCCGGCACCCCGUGUCCGUGGGUCCCCGCCUGCUCCCCGUCUGUCUCCCCGACAGGGAGGCCCUGUCCCUCGCGGGCGUGGGGGGCUACGUCAGCGGCUUCGGCGCCCAGCGGGGCUGGCUGAGCGCCAAGCUCAAGUUCUCGGGGGUGCAGGUGGCACCCCCAGAGCGCUGCGCGGCCUGGCUGCGGGAGAGGGGCAGGGCGGAGGUGUUCUCCCACGAGAUGUUCUGUGCCGGGGACGAGGCCCAGGACAGCGCUGUCUGCCAAGGCGACAGCGGCAGCGUCUUUGUGGUGUGGGACGACUUAGCUCAGCACUGGGUCGCCACGGGUAUUGUGUCCUGGGGUAUUGGGUGUGGCAAAGGCUACGGCUUCUACACCAAAAUCCUCAGCUAUGUGGACUGGAUCAGAGGAGUCAUGGAAGGGAAGGACUGA